AUGGGGAAGGAAGCAGAAGCAGCGGUGUCGUCGACGGUGGUGCUGGCCGUCAACGGCAAGCGGUACGAGGCGGCCGGCGUGGCCCCGUCGACGUCGCUGCUGGAGUUCCUCCGCACCCAGACGCCCGUCACAGGCCCCAAGCUCGGCUGCGGCGAAGAUAAAAGAGCUAAAGUCAUCCCACUUUUACAAUUUCACAUUGUGGCAAGUCGCUGCGGUGCAUGCGUGGUCCUCAUCUCCAAGUACGACCCGGCCAUGAACGAGGUCACCGAGUUCUCUGCUAGCUCCUGCCUGACGCUGCUCCACAGCGUGGACCGUUGCUCGGUGACCACCAGUGAGGGAAUCGGCAACACCAGGGAUGGCUACCAUCCCGUGCAGCAGCGCCUCUCCGGCUUCCACGCCUCACAGUGCGGCUUCUGCACACCCGGCAUGUGUAUGUCCAUCUUCUCCGCGCUUGUCAAGGCCGACAAGAAGUCCGAUCGCCCAGCCCCUCCCGCUGGCUUCUCCAAGAUCACUUCCUCGGAGGCAGAGAAGGCUGUCUCAGGCAACCUUUGCCGCUGCACCGGAUACAGGCCCAUCGUCGACGCCUGCAAAAGCUUUACCUCUGAUGUUGACCUCGAGGACCUGGGCCUCAACUGCUUCUGGAAGAAGGGUGACGAACCUGCAGAAGUCAGCAAGCUGCCGGGCUACAACAGCGGCGCCAUUUGCACAUUUCCAGAGUUUCUCAAAUCCGAGAUCAAGUCUACACUGAAGCAGGAAAAAGAUGUUCCAUUGCAGUCUCCGACGACGGCUGGUACCAUCCUAAGAGCAUUGAAGAGCUUCACAGGUUGUUUUAUUCCAACUGGUUUGAUGAAAAUUCUGUGA